AUAUUUUAUUUGUGUUAUUUCCCGCUUCGUUAGUGUUGGACCCUCGUGGCGCAUUGUCUGCGUUCGAUAUUUAAAAAAAAAUUUUUUUUAUUGCCCCAUGGAAAGUUCCAUUUAGAACUUUCGUUUUCAUAUUAUCUGUGAAUGAAAUAGCCAUAGAAGUGUUAGUGUAUUUUGGUAAUUUGUGCCGUGGCUGAAAAUAGUUGGUGUUUUUUGGCGGGAAUUUUCUUGGCAUCAAUUUUAAUUUCCGAGUGAUGUCACGUGGAUCACAGAAAGUUUUGGAAAGAAUGCAUCUGACACGCAGACGCCGCUCGGCGUCGCUCGCAGCGAGAUGCGUUCGUUGAUAGCGUACUAUGCGGACGCUGUGAUGGCGGCGAGCCGUGGUGCCGGCUGCGCGCUCGGCUGCAGUGGCCGCGGCGACUGCAUGAACGGUACCUGCCUCUGCGAGAUCAGAUACGCGGGGGACGAGUGCGCGGGACCGAAUAUGCCGUACCAUACGUGCAUCGGCGGCGUGUUCCUAGCCGUCUCGUUCGUGUGCGCGGUGCAGCUGACCGUGUGCAUAGUGGCCGAGUACCGGCGGCUGAAGGCGCCGAACGUGCUGCGCGCGUUCAAGGUGACCACGCAGAAGAUGCUGUAUCUCGUCGCCUUCCUCGCAUCGCUCAUACGCGGCGCGUAUUUCAUAUCUCCCUCAUCAUUCCAAGAAACAUGGGCGACGAGUCUUCUAUCAGCAUACUAUCCUCUGCUUCUAUCUGGCUCUUCACUGAUCGUCUGCUUUUGGGCCGAGGUGUUUCACCUCCGCGACGUGCGAUGGGAGAGGCAGCGUUUCCUCUCGAAGUCCUUCCUCGCCUUCGUCACAUUCAACGUGAUCAUCUACUCGCUUCUCUUCGCUGAAGUGCUCACCAUCAACGUGGCUGAUACGUCUGCGGAGAGGAAGAGUUUCUAUCAGCACGUAUUCAACGGCUGCUACGCGGUCCUGUUGUUCGUUGUGGUCGUCUUCUUCCUGAUUUAUGGCGUCGAAGUAUACUUCAAGCUUCGCGGUGAGUUCUUGCGCGAGACAAAGGUGUGCACGAUAAUCACCCCCCGGCCGGGACCCUCGUCCGCGGCCGACGGUGACGAUGUGCAGGACACGCUCGUCAAGCAGGGUGUGCAGACCGACCUGGCGCAGCUGGACGGCAGCGUGGACCCGCGCUCGGUGAACCACUCGCAGCUGCACCAGUCGCGGCUCGGCCUCAUCAGCCAGGCGCUCAUGCUGAUACUCAUCGUGGGCUUCCUCGCCAGCGAGACGCUCAGCGAGUUCUGGAAGGCCAAGGUGCCGGUGGUGUCGCGCAACUGGCACGACGUGGUGUUCCGGCUGGCCGAGAUCGGCGUCACGCUAUGGUUCCCGUGCGUGCUGUGGAACUGCAUGGCGCCCGAGCGGCUCUGGAUCCUCAACCCGCGCCGCCUGCUCGCGCGCCAGCUCGACGAGGCGCGCCUCGCGGACUUGCUCGCGCCCAGCGCGCUCGGUGAUGCCAAGAACGUAGAGACCGACUCGCUGGUGGGCAGCGUGGGGUCGGCGCGCGACUGCUGGAUAUGCUACGACGGCGCGCGCGCCGAGCCGCUGAUCCGGCCGUGCCGCUGCACCGGCGACGUGGCCGCCGUGCACCACGACUGCCUCAAGCGGUGGCUCAUUGAGAGUUACGGUACUCCUGACUGCAUGAAGUGCAAAGUGUGCAACACACCUUAUCACGUGGAAGAAACCAACAGGCUAUUAUGGGAGCGCGGGUUCACGUGCCUGCACGCGCUGCGCACGCUGCUCGCGUUCAUAUGCAUGUCGUGCUCGGGCAUGUUCGCGUGGGCGCUGGUGCAAGUGUACCCGUCGCCGGUCGCGCGCGUACUGGGCACCGGCGGCGCGCUGCUCAUAUGCUACGUAGCGGCCAGGUAUCUAGGCAUCAACACAUUAUCAGCGUACCGACGCGCAAGAGUCGCUUCAAUACGCAUUAUAACAGAACCACUGGACGCUCCAUCGACGAACGACACGCAACUAUCGACCAUAAGCAAAACAGUUACAGUCGAAAUUGCUUCGAAGAAUGUUCUAGAACAAGCGCUCAAGGGCGAGGGAAACAAAUGAAAUACCGGUAACGAACCGUCAUACAACGGUUAUAACAGUGAUAACUAUAGAUUCGAUUGUUAUAUUGGCCUAAAUGUAACGGAGAUAUGUGAUUCGAUAAUGUUUGACAUGGUGUUUGUGAGGAAUUCUUGGAUAAAUUGGUAUAGAUUUUAACAACAAAAAUACUUAAGAUUAAUUAAGAGUUAUUUGUCCGAAAUUAUUUUGACUAUUUAACGUCAGGUCUGGUGUUAUAAGAACAUGAAACAUGGUGCAGAAACGUGCCAAAUAUGUCACAUAAAGUAUAUUGGGAUGCAGUAGAAUCUAUAGUUCCCAUAUCGACGACUGGACUACAAAAAUAACGUUAUAACAAGGAUAUAUCGGUAUAUAAAAAGUAACGUUAUCUCAAUAAAAUAACGGAAAACCAACAAAAUAUAACGAAACGUUACUCGGAGCAGUACAAAGUGAUUGUGAUAGUGUUAUUCUCUUUCGAUCGGAUAUUAAGACUGUCAAAAUUUGCCAAAUGUAGUGAAGAAAAAAUUCGUUGAUUUCUUUUGUUUUGUAUGGACAUUGAUUAUAAUAGAUAACUUAGCAUAUCAGAUGUCACAAUAAUAUGGCUUAAGAUAUAGCGGGUGUAAAGAGUAUUUAUUGUAUUGCCGUUUUGGCGGGAAACAUAUAUUAUACGGAGAAGAAAUGUGAUUUUUUUUUAAUUAUUUAACUCGUAUGUAGUCUUUCACACUUUAUUCAUAAAUCUGUUUAACCCAACCAAAAGGCAAUUAGAAAUUAAUAGACUUGUCUUUAAAUUUUAAUAAACAGUAACAUGGCACGAUAAAUUUACAUUAAGUAAAGAUACGUUUUUUUUUAAAGCAGAUGUUAUUUAUAUAAUCUAUGCUGAAUGCUUACUUGUCAAUUUUAGUGCAUAAAAAGUUAUUUUUUAACAUCCAUAGUUCAAACGAUAUCACAAAAUCAGUGCCAAAGAGAUUUACGUAACAGAUAAAUACGUAUAGAGGGGAAAAAAAAACACAAAAGUAAGUUUGAAUUAAUUUAUUUAAAAGUGUGAAUGUAGCGUAGAAAUUACUGGGUAAGAAAACCGUUAAAAA